AUGGAUGCAUACUCUGGCUACAACCAGAUCCUCAUGCAUCCAGAAGGCCAAAGCAAGACAAAAUUUAUAACUGAGCAUGGAAAUUUUUGUUAUAGAGUAAUGCCAUUUGGUCUAAAGAAUGCAGGUGCAACCUACCAACGAAUGAUGGACAAAGUGUGCCGUCGUCAAAUAGGUCGGAACAUGAAAAUCUAUGUGGAUGAUAUGGUCGCGAAGACCACUCAAGAAAAGUCACAUUGCGAUGACCUCAGGGAGAUAUUUGAACAGAUCCGAGCAUACAAUAUGAGACUCAAUCCAGAGAAAUGUGCCUUUGGGGUACAAGGAGGCAAAUUCCUUGGAUUCAUGCUGACCUCACGAGGAAUUGAAGAAAACCCUGAAAAAUGUGAGGCAAUACUUAACAUGGCGAGCCCUAGAACAAUAAAAGAAGUACAACAAUUGGUAGGAAAGGUAGCGGCACUAUCCCGGUUCUUGCCAGCAGCGUCAAGCCGAUCAUACCAUUUUUUCCAAACAAUAUCAAAGAAUAAGAAAUUUCAAUGGACAGAAGAGUGCGAGAAAGCGUUUGCCGAGCUCAAAACCAUUCUAUCAUCACCACCUGUGCUGCAAAGACCAGAAGUCGAAUUGGCUGGAUGUUUGACCAAAUGGUUUAUCAAGCUCUCGGAAUUCGAUAUCCAAUUUCAACCAAGGCCGGCACUGAAAGCACAGAUUCUCGCAGAUUUCAUAUCAGAACUAACCCCGGACGAGCACAAUAAACUCUGGGAGUUACACGUUGAUGGGGCGUCCAGCCGAGGAGGAAGCAGAGCUGGGAUAAUCCUGAAAGAAGGGGACAAAGUGGUGGCCGAGCAAUCCCUCCAGUUCCACUUCCCGGCAAGCAACAAUCAGGCCGAAUAUGAGGCCCUCAUAGCAGGACUUAAGCUCGCCCUAAACCUCCAAGUACAAAUCUUGACAGCACAUUGUGAUUCCCUCUUGGUGGUUCAACAAACUCGAGGAAAAUUUCAGGUAAAAGAUCCAUUGCUAGAGCGAUAUUGGCUCAUAGCAAAGGAUCUCAUUUCAAAGUUCAGUUCAUUCAUUAUUCUACAUGUGCAUAGAGAAAAGAAUGUUAGAGCAGACAUAUUAUCCAAACUUGCCGCCACUAGGGUGGACACACAAACAUCGGCAUUAUCACAACUCACACUUAAAAAACCCAGCAUUGAACUAUUAUCUAUAACAAGCAUUAACCACCUCCGCGACUGGAGAACACCUUUCCUUGAGUACAUCAAUGCAGGUAUCGUAGCCAGAGACGAGCUCAACCCGCAACACUUCAAACGAAAAGCAAGCCUUUACACAAACAUAGCAGGAGAACUAUACAGGCGCGGUUUCUCACAACCAUUGCUAAAAUGCCUAAAUAAAGAUGAGGUAAAAGAGGUGAUGGACGAAGUUCAUGAGGGCGUAUGUGGGAACCACUUCGGAGGACGAGCUCUCGCCGCAAAGAUCGUCCGAACAGGAUAUUAUUGGCCGACCAUGAAAAGGUAUUACAUAACAAAAGUCAAGACAUGUGACAAAUGUCAAAAGCACGCAGCCAUCUCUACAAAGCCGGCCGAAGUAUUACACAGCAUGGAGGUAAGCUGGCCUUUCCACAGAUGGGGGCUCGAUAUUCUCGGCCCAUUUCCAAUAGCGCUAGGUCAGGUAAAAUUUCUUUUAGUAUCAAUAGACUACUUCUCAAAAUGGAUAGAAGCACAGCCAUUAGCAAGAAUAAUAGCCGAAAAGGUACGAUCUUUCAUAUGGAAAAAAAUCAUAUGCCGAUUUGGAAUACCAAGGAAAAUAAUAUCAGACAAUGGUAGACAAUUUACAGAUAAUAAGCUCGGCUCAUUUUUAAAGAACUUUAAUAUUCAACAUCAUUUCAGCUCGGUCGAACACCCACAAACCAAUGGGCAAGCCGAAGCUGCUAACCGAGUUAUAUUGCAGGCAAUAAAAAAAAGCUCGAUAAUGCAAAGGGAGAAUGGGCCGAGCUAA